CGCACAUUCAAGGCCCCGUGAGUGGCGGAGGUGGACGCUUGAUCAGCUGGGGAGCUGACCAAUCACAGCCGCCCGGGGAGCUCCGGCUGCUCCCCCCUCCUCCCUCCGCUCCGCGGCUCGGCCUCCUCCCCCCGCUGCUGUGUGUGGACGGACUGAACAUUUCUCAUCUUCCUGGGCACGAGAGCAGAGGAACGCGGCGAGGAAGCGAGCCGAAGACACGACGGAUUCAAACACCUCAGGAGACGUCCCAUGAGCCCCUAAGAUCGAUGUUGGGUCGCGGUGUAAAGCGGAAGUGGAGCUGCCUGGAGGAGCUGGAGGCCGAGAGACUCCCUGCCCCUGCCGAGAAGGAGAAGAACGGGGAGGAAGACGGAGGAGAUGAGGACGGGUUCCUCGUGGGUCCGUCCAAGUCCGACUUGAGCCGCCUGCAGCAGCGUCAGCUGGUGCUCGGCCUGUGCAUGGAGAAGCUCCAGGGCUACCAGGCGGGGAUGGAGCUCAGCCUGCGUCGCUCCGUGCUGCUCAUCAAUACGCUCAGGCAGAUCCAGGAGGACAUGCAGAGAGACGGGGUGGGAACCUGCACGUCCCAGGUACUCCUGAACGGCGUUCACCCUGACUCCAUGCCUGUUACAUGCCCCGGGUGUGCAGAGGGUGAUAACGGGGACCUGUCUCUGUCACCGCCACUGUCCCCAGAAUUCCCCUCUCAGGAGACAAACAGCCCAUCCGACCAGCAGAAAUCGCUACCCGCUGCGGCGAUCCAUACCUUUAGUGAUGCAGUAAACGCCAUGGGCUACCUCAGCGACCUCGCCCUGGACGACAUCUUUGAGGACAUUGACACAUCGAUGUAUGAGACUUCAGAACUGCCUUCUGCCUGGGUGGCAGGCUCACUGUGGCCAAUCAGUGGGUCGCUCUGGGCGGACGAGGACGUGAAAAUGCGCUCUCCUAGCCACGCCUCGGCUGGGAGUCUGCAGUCGUGUCUGAUGGACCUGAAUGAGCUGGACCACAUCAUGGAGAUUCUGGUAAAGUCCUGAUCACCAAUACAAACUAUUGAACACGGAUCAAGGAUCAGAGUCUGAUCAAAGCCGCACCAGCUCACAGUGGAGGCUGGAAACGACUGAUUUGAGGGUACUUGGAUUUUUAAGGCUCCGUCUGAUAUUUUAGUUGAAAAUGUGUUUUAGGGUUAACUUAUUCAUAAGGAACCAUCCAACAUCUUGAGUUAAGUAGAUGAACUUGUUGUGCUUCAAAUUAGACACCAAUAUGUAUUAUAGCAGGUGAAUAAUCUAGUUUAAAAUGUUUUAUGAGAUUAGGAAACGUGAAGAAAAUACCCACUCUUAAACACUUUUAUACUGUUUUAGGUUGUUAUAACUCAGGUGGGAAACUGGCCAAACACAUUUUAAGUGAUGUGAAGUUAAAUGUGAUAUUACAUUAUAUUACUGUUGACAUUCAACAAGGAUAUAUGCUUUUUUGAACAGACAGAGAGACCAAUUCCUGAAGUCACAAUAGCAGGACACAGAUCAGAUAGCUCUGCAGCUUCAGCACAGGUUGUGAUUUGAGUAGUGGGUCGAUAAUCUGUAGUAAAAGGAAAUAAGGCACAUAUAAAGUCGGUUCACCAAAAGUAUCACAACACUUGUAAGGUAAUAGCGGAAAAGCGCCUAAAGUGGAUUUAUUGUUAAUUUGGCUAAACUGUAAAUGCAGAUGGAGCCUUAAAUGUCCAGUCUCACACCGUGUAUGCCACGUUUCUCCUAUGUUUUAUUAGAGUUGAGUAAAAGCCACAUCUCUGAGUGAAUCCACAGCUGAGGAAGAAGGAACCUGAGCUGCCAUGGUUUGGGGCACACAUGCUCGGGCUGUUCAGAUCAGACCUAGGUUGAUUAUUAAUGGAAAUCCCUUCAAUUACUUAAGAGGGUGUGUGCUUGCUUCAUCCAGCCAGGAAAGGCCGGGGUUUCCUUUCAGUGUUCAGAGACGAAAUGUUUUUUAUCUUUAAAUUAGACAUCAGCCAAACGCCUUUGUGGCUGUGUUCAUAAGCCAAAAUAUGAAGAUUCUCCACCCUCUGACUGCUGCAUGAAGGAGAACGUGGCUACUGAAUUUAAGGAUUUACCAGCCAAAGAAGUACGUUUCCAAUCCCUGGAAAAGGAUGCCACAUUUGCAUCUUUUCACAAAAAGCAGGAAAAAGAUGUCAUCUGGUUUGUUUAAACUGUUGAAAUGUGUUUAUCUAAUAUUAUUCUUAUUUAUGAAUGAAAAGACCACCACCACAAGCUGCAGCUGAUACCAUUUGUAUGUAGAGUCUAUUGUUCGGGUGUGAGUGUAACUUAUAAUUUAGAUUCCUUAUGAUCUUGUCGACACGCAUCGGCUGCCGUGUCUACUGCUUUCGCACCAUUUGUGACACCAAACGGGGCGAACUAUCAGAGCCUGUAUACGAACUAUAAUCAUCCUUUCAGCAGAACGUUGAUGUGAACAGUUUUACCCCUCUCGGCAGCAUGCAUUUACGGUAAAUCCAACAUGCCAUGAACGCCGCAUAAAACGUAUUUUAAAUUGUGAUGUAAUUGCGGUCUGGUUCUGACUGAGGAGCUGAUCGCCUCAGGUCAACAAUCAGGACUACUUUGCCAUGUCUGUUGUAUAUGACAACAGAAGCCUAUGUAUUAUUAUGGCCAUGAUGAUAUGGAGUUUUAUUGUAAUGUUGGGAGUUUUCAAGAACAAUUUUAUAUGUGUUUCUACCUGAAACUUGGAC